AUGGGAGGCGGGUGGGGUAUACUCAUAUCGUUGAUAGAGGGUAACCCCCGACAUCAGCAGCUGCGCUUGAUUGGCUGUUCUGUUCUCGAUCCAUCCACAUCCAAUUGACUUCAACUCAGGUUUCUGCGGCAGCGUGGCAUUAAAGGAUUCAAUAUAUAUUGCCUUUCGGUUCUGCCUCGAGAGAGAGAGAGACGUUCACGACAACUCUCUCGCUAUUUCAAUCCCACGAACCAUAGACGGAGAAAAAAAAGGAAUAGAGCAAUAGGUCGUUCAGCAUGGACUCGUCCGAGUUCCGCGCCGCGGCCCAAGAGGUCGUGGAAGAUAUCACCAAGUACUACGAUACCAUCGCCUCCCAGCCCAAGGUCCUCACCUCCGUGACGCCAGGCUACCUCCGCCCUCUCCUCCCGGCCGCCGCCCCCGAGGACCCGGAGUCCUGGCAGGCCAUCCACGCCGACCUCCAGUCACACAUCGUACCGGGAAUCACCCACUGGCAGUCCCCGUCCUUCCACGCCUUCUUCCCAUGCUCCUCCUCCUACCCGGCCAUGCUCGCCGAGCUCUACUCCAACGCCUUCAACGGCGCCCACUUCAACUGGAUCUGCUCCCCGGCCGUUACCGAGCUCGAGACCAUCGUCCUCGACUGGCUCGCCCGCCUCCUCGCCCUGCCCGCGUGUUACCUCUCCACCGCCCCGACCCGCGGCGGCGGCGUCCUCCACGGCACCGCCUCCGAGGCCAUCCUCACCGUCAUGGUCGCCGCCCGCGACAAGUUCCUCCGCGCCGCCACCGCCCACCUCCCCGACGGCUCCGACGAGAAAGAAGAUGAGUCCUGGCGCCUGCGCUCAAAACUUGUCGCCCUCGGCAGCGAGAUGGCCCACUCCUCCACCAAAAAGGCCGCUCAGAUUCUCGGCGUCCGCUUCGCCACCGUUCCGGCCCCCGCCGAGACCGGCUACGCCAUGUCCGGCGCCGCCCUCGCCGAAACCGUCGCCGCCCUCCGCGCCCGCGGCCUCGAGCCCUUUUAUCUCACCGCCACCCUCGGCACAACGGACACCUGCGCCAUCGACGAUUUCCCCGGCAUCCGUGACGUGCUCUCCGCCGCCGACGAGCGGGACAGGAUCUGGGUCCACGUCGACGCCGCCUACGCCGGUUCGGCCCUCAUGCUGCCCGAGAACGCCCACCACACCGAGCCCUUCGCCGCAUUCCACUCCUUCAACGUGAACCCGCACAAGUGGAUGCUGACAAACUUCGACUGCUCCGCCCUCUGGGUCCGCGACCGCGCCUGGCUCGUCGAGUCGCUGAGCAUCAAGCCCGCCUACCUGCGCAACCAGUUUUCCGAGGCCGGCCUCGUCACCGACUACCGCGACUGGCAGAUCCCCCUCGGCCGCCGCUUCCGCAGUCUGAAGCUGUGGUUCGUCCUGCGGGCCUACGGCGCCUCCGGCAUCCGCGCCCACCUGCGCCGUGGCAUCGACCUCGGCGAGAGGUUCGCCGACAUGGUCCGGUCGAGAGACGACCUCUUCGAGAUUAUCACGGGGCCGCGGUUCGCCCUCGUCGUCUUCACGUGCAAGGGAGCGGACCGGGCCGAGGGCAACAGUGUGACAGAGGCCGUGUUGGAGGCAAUCAACGGCGAGGGAGUCAUCUACCUCACACCGACGACAUUGCACGGCACCUACGGCAUCCGCAUGUGCACGAGCAGCAGCCAGAUCGGUGAGGAGGAACACAAUAAGAAGGCUUUUGAUAUCUUGGUCGCAACGACGGAGAAAACAUUGGCUGAGCGAAAGUAGAUACGGCGCUCGGGGUAGACGAAUAGAUGAUGAAUAGAUCCGGCCACGGAGCGUAAAUUUGUCUUUUUUUUUUUUUUUUUUUGACCACAUUGCGAACAACAUACUCAAGGGCAAGCACGGUCUGCUGGCAAGUGUGACUUUGUGUCUGGAAAGUCGAUAUCGACGGCUGACGUAGAAGUACGAUGCGAGAUGCAAACCAAGUUUCGAGGUUAUGCUUGUCACACGCUGUGACGCGAUGCGGAGUAACAGGCGCAAGUCACCGUCUUGACAAGCUGCUGUUAGUAUCGUAACAAUAAUUGCUUAGUGCUAUGAUGUAUUCACAGCUUUGCAAAUGCUUCCCAUCCACUACUCGUGUAACUCCGUUCCCUCCGACACUCCGACACUCCAACAUUCCAAGAAACCGAGGCCAACCUUUUCUUCUCUUUCUGCUAUGCAAACCCCUUAAUGGUAAUCAUAAUCGUUCUCAUAAUUUCGUAUAAAUGCUUUGUUGGUGUGGUCUGUGUUAUCCCCGAUUCGAUGAUCCACC